AAUUAGGAAAGUCUCUUCUCUCAGAGUGUCCCCCGUCGCUGCUCAACGCAAUGGCCUCGCUCAUCGCGAUACUCGACCUCAAAGGUAAACCGCUGAUCCAGCGCUCAUACAGAGACGAUGUACAGCCCUCGUGUAUCGAGCGUUUCCUGCCUCUGGUCCUCGACAUCGAAGAGGAGGGCCAACAAGUCACACCUUGUUUCUCCAGUCAGGGGAUCAACUACCUGCACAUCAGGCAUUCUAACCUAUACCUGCUUGCUCUUUCAAAGCAGAAUAGCGAUGCCGCCGAGAUCAUCGUUUUCCUACACCGACUCACGCAAGUCCUCAUCGAAUAUUUCAAGGAACUCGAGGAGGAAUCGAUACGAGACAACUUCGUCAUCAUAUAUGAACUUAUGGACGAGAUGAUGGACUUUGGCUAUCCUCAGACAACGGAAAGCAAGAUCUUGCAGGAAUAUAUCACGCAGGAAUCGCACAAACUCGAGGUACAAGCACGACCACCUAUGGCCGUUACCAAUGCCGUGUCCUGGAGAACGGAAGGUAUCCGGUAUAGGAAGAAUGAAGUCUUCCUGGAUGUCAUCGAAAGUGUAAACCUUCUCGUUAAUUCGAAUGGAAACGUCGUCCGUUCAGAGAUCCUUGGUGCCGUCAAGAUGAAGUGCUAUCUAUCUGGGAUGCCAGAACUACGACUUGGUCUCAAUGACAAAGUCAUGUUCGAGAGCACAGGUCGCACUUCCCGUGGCAAGUCCAUCGAAAUGGAAGACGUCAAAUUCCAUCAAUGUGUGCGGCUCAGUCGCUUUGAAAGCGAUCGCACCAUCUCCUUCAUCCCCCCAGACGGCGAAUUCGAACUAAUGUCUUAUCGACUCUCGACGCCUGUAAAACCUCUGAUAUGGGUCGAAGCAUCCGUUGAAAGCCACCGUGGUUCGCGAGUCGAGUACGUCGUCAAGUGCAAGGCACAGUUCAAGCGGCGCAGCACGGCGAAUAACGUAGAGAUAUGGGUACCUGUCCCGGAUGAUGCUGAUAGCCCGAAAUUCAGGGCUACAACGGGAAGCGUGCAAUAUGCACCAGACAAGUCGGCAUUCGUCUGGAAAAUGAAACAACUUGGUGGUGGUCGCGACUACAUUAUGCGCGCACACUUUGGGCUACCGAGCGUCAGGAGCGAGUCGGAACCCCCAACACGUGCCCCACUCACCGUCAAGUUUGAAAUCCCUUACUUCACCGUGUCCGGCAUUCAAGUGCGCUACUUGAAGAUCGUCGAAAAAUCAGGAUACCAAGCGUUGCCUUGGGUACGCUACAUCACACAGAAUGGUGAUGAUUACAGUCUCCGUACGGCGGUCGAGAAAGGGAACCCGCCACCCGUCAUGCAGCCGUGAACUGCGACCGCCACUUACAUGCAUAAACGGUGGGAUGUAUUUGGGUGUCAGUCGAUGUCUGCAUAAUACCUAACGAUGUCAUAUUAUUUGUCGCA